AUGAUGUUUGACGAUGAUCAGAUAGUGGCGGACUGUCCUUUGGCCUUCAGCAAGGUUAUCGAUACCAAAUGGCAAAAACGCAAUCGACGGAAAGGAUACUGGCUCUUGAGAGAUAUUCCAUCUGACGAGAACGAUUCGGAAAUAGACGUCGACGUCGAGGAUUUUGAAGCAGCAGCGCAGCAAGUCAAAAUUGAAGAGAAUUCGUACUCAACAGUCAAUGAGUUUCUCGUUAAAAAGACCUUUACUCUUGAGAAAGGCAAGGUCUACCAAUUUUGUCAUUUGUCGUCCUGCGAAGCUUCCCUGACCACGAUGAAGCUCUGCCUCGAUACUAUUCUUCGCUCGUACGUCGAUGGAACUGACACGCGCGUAUUAUUCGUAGAUCCAAAAGAAAAACUGUGGUUUGAAACUGCCGAAGAAUUCGCCGAUGAGCUGAUCUGGCUGCAAGAUUCGGAGAUGGAUACGGAGGAAUUUUUAGUAAGAAGAUAA